AACGCAAAGAGCGAGUUCUCUGCACGCCCUGCCCGGGAGCGGAAGAGAUGGGUGGGGACAAAGGGCAAGCUGCAGACCAAGCUGCCCCGGAGCCCGGGGCGGAGCGCGGGCGGGCCUUCGCUGGUGACUGGUCGCAAGUGGCCUGACCUGGCUCCACCUUCGGUCCAGACAAGUUUAUCUUGUGACUGCCCGGGCUGCUUUCCCUUCCUAGAUUGCGGAGCUUUCAGACCCACGAUGCGCUUCCUGACCGCCACGAUCCUGCUGCUGGCGCUCGUCGCCGCCAGCCAGGCCGAGCCCCUGCACUUCAAGGACUGUGGUUCUAAGGUGGGAGUAAUUAAAGAGGUGAAUGUGAGCCCGUGUCCCACCCAGCCCUGUCAGCUGCACAAAGGCCAGUCCUACAGUGUCAACGUCACCUUUACCAGCAGCACUCAGUCCCAGAACAGCACGGCCUCGGUCCACGGCAUCCUGGCAGGGGUCCCGAUCUACUUCCCUAUUCCUCAGCCUGACGGUUGCAAGAGUGGAAUCAGCUGCCCCAUCCAGAAAGACAAGGUCUACAGCUACCUGAAUAAGCUUCCGGUGAAGAGUGAAUACCCCUCUAUAAAACUGGUGGUGGAAUGGACACUUCAAGAUGACAAAAAGGAUAACCUCUUCUGCUGGGAGAUCCCAGUAGAAAUCACAAGCUAGGCAGCUCCUUGGCGCCCUGUGUCUGUGUGGGGUGAGAGGCCGUGGACGGAGGGUGGGGGGGAAGAGACAGAAAUCAGACCUGAAAUGGAAUCAGUGCCAUAAGAGGAACAGAAUUUCAAGAAUGCUGUGUUAUGCCUUUUAACCUCCAAAAAAGCACUUGCAACCCUGCCACUCUUGAGAGCUCAGAGCCCAUUGUUCCCCCGAGGUAGCCUUUGUGGAGGGUUUGGGAGGGAAAAGGGAAACUGGAGAGAUGAGAUUAGUGUCCAUGGCUGUUUGCUGUUGGGGUACAGCAGGUCCCACCAGACAGGAUGGGACGGGGUUGCUUAGGGAUGACAGAUAACUUGACCCAGGGCUAUUGAUCCACUGUGAAGGAUGGCUUCCCAGACUCUUCUGGCUGGCUGGGGGUAUUAUUACCUCCCCUGUUUCUAAGUGCCUCCUGAGUCCCGAGCACCUGGCUUAUCAGUCUGAUGAGGCUCCAUUGUCCGCUCAGCCCCAGUGCUUCCACAGUAGCGACUAGCUCUCCAGGGUGUCCAGAGACCUGCUGAGGGGAGUUCUGCUGCAGAAAUUUAGCUCUGAGUGGCUGCGUCUUUGUGGCUAGCUCUUGUUCUUUGGUAGUUUUCAUUAAAGCCAAUACUUGGUUGCA